UCUGUAAGGAGAGGUCGCGCUUAGUAGGACCGUGUUCUUCAAAUGACAAACUCAAAGCAUCCACUGCGUCUACUUUGAUCCGUGGGACUUCCUGCGCUCUUUUGGACUGUUUUUAAAACAUGGGAUUUGAGCUGGAUCGUUUCAAAGGGGCUGUGGACCCAGACUUCAAAUGCAACUUGUGUAAUAAAGUUUUGGAAGAUCCGCUCACAACCCCGUGCGGUCACGUCUUCUGCGCUGGCUGUGUAUUGCCGUGGGUCGUUCAGCAAAGCAGCUGCCCUGUCAAAUGCCAAAGGAUCUCCACCAAAGAGCUGAAUCACGUCCUUCCACUGAAAAACCUGAUCCUGAAGUUGGACAUAAAGUGUGACAAUCAUGCCAGGGGUUGCGAGAAAGUGGUGAAGCUGCAGCAUCUGGCGGAACAUGCCGAGAUGUGCGACUACUCUCCGGCGAAAUGCAGGAACAAGGGAUGCAACGAGGUGCUGAAUCUGAAAGACAUGGAUGCCCAUAUGCGGGAAUCGUGUGACUACCGAGCCGUCGGGAUUUGCGAAAAUGGAUGUGGUUUGAUGCUCACCCACAGAGAGCAGAAACUUAACAACCAUUGCUGUUUGAAAGCCCUGAAAGCGCACAAUAGCGCGUUGCAAGGAAAAGUAGUCAGUCUCGACAAGGAGUUUAAAAAGCAGUCCCUGAAGUCGAGCAAACGGGAGAAGUCUCUUCUCGCUCAACUCUCUGCCGUCCACAACGAGCUUCAAAUGACAGCGCUGAAAUACCAAAAGAAAUUUACUGAGUACAGUGCAAGAAUUGACUCUCUCAGUAAGAGUCUCGCGCCACCAUGCAAGGGUGGAGAGUCCAAAAGUGUCACAGUCGUGCUCCAUCGGGAGUCCGGAUCACUGGGGUUCAACAUCGUGGGAGGACGCCCAUGUGCAGAAAACGAGACUGCGACUUCAAACGAAGGCAUCUUUGUGUCAAAGAUAGUGGAAAAUGGACCAGCGGACAAAGAAGGAGGACUUCAGAUCCACGACCGCAUCAUGGAGGUGAAUGGCAAGGAUCUGUCCAAGGCCACUCAUGAGCAGGCCGUGGAGGCCUUCCGCACGGCCAAGGAGCCAAUCAUGGUGCAGGUGCUGCGGAGGGCGCCGCGGCCAAAGCCCACGGGAACCGCCAACAGCAACUCCCCCGGGGACGCCACGCAGGUGGUGGAUAUUGCUACGCAGACGGAGAUCACCUUCCAGCACAUCAUGGCGCUCAGCAAGCUGCCCACGGCCCCCAGCCCACCCCCCGGGGUGCCCGUCACCGUGCUGGAGCAAUACCUACUGCCGGAGGACGUCUCCCCUGGGCACGAGUACUUCGACCCUGCAGACUUCCUGGAAGGCAUGCAGCAGGAGCUGGAGAGAGAGGAGCUGGAGUACGAGGAAGUGGAUUUGUACCGAUCAAACAUCCACGACAAGCUUGGCCUGACCGUGUGCUACAGGACCGAUGACGAGGACGAAACUGGAAUUUACGUCAGCGAAAUUGAUCCAAACAGCAUUGCAGCCAAGGACGGCAGGAUCAGGGAAGGGGAUAGAAUCAUUCAGAUCAAUGGCAUUGAGAUCCAGAACCGAGAGGAAGCAGUAGCACUUCUCACCAGCGAGGAGAACCCCAACGUCUGCCUGCUCGUCGCUCGACCUGAGAUCCAGCUGGAUGAGGGCUGGAUGGAUGAUGACAGGAAUGACUUCCUGGAUGACCUCCACAUGGACAUGCUAGAGCAGCAGCACCACCAGGCCAUGCAGUUCACUGCCAGCAUGCUGCAGCAGAAGAAGUUGGAGGAGGACGGCGGGCUGACGACGGACACGGCCACGCUGCUCUCCCAGCGCCACGAGAAGGACAGCGGCGUGGGCCGCACGGACGAGAGCACGCGCAACGACGAGAGCUCGGAGCAGGAGCAGGAGAACCUCCUCCACCUCCACCACCACCACCUCCACCACCACCAGGGCCAGGCAGAGGGCUGUGCCUGCUCGGGCACCGCCACGCUGGGCAGCAGCGGCAGCAGCGGGCAGCACAGCAGUAGCAGCCGGGGGGCCGGCGGUGGUAGCGGUAGCGGCGGGCGGCGCAGGCAGCUGACGUACAGCCAGGACACGCUGGGCAGCGCCGACCUGCCUUUCAGCAGCGAGUCGCUCAUCAGCGAGUCCGACUUCCUGGGCAUCCCGGCCGACGAGUGCGAGCGCUUCCGCGAGCUGCUGGAGCUCAAGUGCCAGGUGCGCAGCGCUGCGGCGGCCGCCAGUGGUGGGGGAGGAACCAGCGCCCUCUACUGUUCCGGCAUGGCGGCCGCCGCCGCGGCAGCAGUGGCGGCGGCGGCUGGAGGAGGAGCAGGAGGAGAGGAGGGGGUGGACAAGGAGCUGGAGCUGCUCAACGAGGAGCUGCGCACCAUCGAGCUGGAGUGCCUGAGCAUCGUGCGCGCGCACAAGAUGCAGCAGCUGCGCGAGCAGUACCGCGAGUCAUGGAUGCUGCACAACAGCGGCUUCCGCAACUACAACACUAGCGUGGACGCCGCCGCAGGCACACGCGGCGGCAGCGGCGGCGCCGGUGUCGGCGCUGCACGCCACGAGCUGGCCGACAUCAGCGAGCUGCCCGAGAAGUCGGACAAGGACAGCUCCAGCGCGUACAACACGGGCGAGAGCUGCCGCAGCACGCCCCUCACGCUUGAGCUCUCGCCCGACAACUCGCUGCGGCGCGCCACCGAGACACUGUGCGAGGGAAGCGGCGGGAUGAUGACGGGUAACCCGGGCAGCGGGAGGGCGCUCAAGCCCCUGCUCUCCCCCGUCCAGGAGGCCUGCGGAGCCGGGGGAUCAGGAAGCCCCAGCAGCCGAGGAAGAGCCGCCUCUUCCUCCUCCUCGUCCUCCAAGGAGCCGGAGACCGGUACCCAAGCGGAGGGCCAGCAGCAGAGGAAAACAGAGGCUGGCGGUGGUGGCGGUGGUGGUGGUGGGGGCAAGGGAAGCCGUGGUGGCUACUCGCCUUACAAGCACGCCCACAUCCCCGCGCACGCGCAGCACUACCAGAGCUACAUGCAGCUGAUCCAGCAGAAGUCGGCUGUGGAGUACGCCCAGAGCCAGAUGAGCCUGGUGAGCAUGUGCCCGCUCGCGCCCACCUCCUCCUCGGGCCGGGCCGCGGGACUCGGGGGUCCCGGGGGGCUCGGCGGCGGUGGCGAGGGGGGCGGGGACUCGGAGCUGGGCCCCAAGAUGGAGUGGAAGGUGAAGAUCCGCAGCGACGGCACGCGCUACAUCACCAAGCGGCCCGUGCGCGACCGGCUGCUGAAGGAGCGCGCCAUCCGCAUCCGCGAGGAGCGCAGCGGCAUGACCACGGACGACGACGCGGCCAGCGAGCUGAAGAUGGGCCGCUACUGGAGCAAGGAGGAGCGCAAGCAGCACGCCGUGCGGGCCCGCGAGCAGCGCCAGCGCCGCGAGUUCAUGAAGCAGAGUCGCAUGGACAGCCUGAGGGACAGCCCCGGCAGCCCGGGUAGUCCCGGCAGUCCAGGAGGGCCGGGCGGUAACGCCAACGCGGGUUCGGGUCCGGACGAGCCGGCGCCGCGCAAGGAGCUGAACAUCAUCGAACUGAGUCACAAGAAGAUGAUGAAGAAGCGCAACAAGAAGAUCUUCGACAACUGGAUGACCAUCCAGGAGCUGCUGACGCACGGCUCGCGCUCACCAGACGGCACCCGCGUCUACAACUCCCUGCUCUCCGUCACCACCGUCUAGUCCAGGCCGAGGAGGGAGAGGAAGAUGGGAGAGGAGGGAGAGGAAGAUGACAGAGUAGGUAGAGGAAGAUGGGAGAGAGAGAGAGAGAGAGGGAGGGAGAGGGGAUGGGGGGUGGGGAGGGCAAUAGGGAGCGUCCCUUACACCAGCCAAAAACCCACUGUACAUAAGACACUACCAAUUGGGGUAGAGAUUCCUGCCUCGUUCAAUGCGGCAACAUUUGUAAAUAGGAUACUAGUGUAAAAGAAGAUACCGAGGACAAAAAGAAGGAGGGAGAGAGAAGUAGUGAUGAUGGGGGGCGGGUAAGAGAUGGGGUUAUAGUAGAGGGUGAUAGGAAAGUUGUUUGUGGAUGGAACUGUACAAUAGGGUACUGAGAAUGUAUGUGCCCCAAGCAGGGGGGCAGUGUGGACUCUCACAGAAGGACUUGGACAAGGAGAAGAAAUUUACUGAAAGUAAACAAAAAAAGACAUUUUUCUCACACACUCUAUAACUUUCUUUCUUUUCGUGCUUGCUGUUUUACACAAUGGAAACUGCAUUUUUAAGGAAAACAAUGAACAUUGCCAUGAUAUUUUGGGGGUUUUAAAGGCUUUGGAACUGUUCAAAGACUGUGUGCCAUACGUUAAGAACUGCCAUCAUUUAGCAUUUGUUUCCUGUUUUUUAAGCAAGUAACUAUUAUCAGUAUUUUACUGUUUAUGCAUUUGUUUUGCAUAUUAAAAGGACAUACAACAAUAUUUAGCUUCACAGUGAACACAGAACUGUUUUCUAUGUGAAAUUCCUGAUGUGUGGUUUUCAUUAGUUGAAAGCAGACACUUUCGCUGAGAGAAAUCCUCCACACUAGGUGCUGUUUUUUUUGUUUUGUUUUUUUUUAACUCUGAGAUCUCUGAUUUUCUGACUGCCAAACACAGUGCUGUUCCUUAUCUCUUCAAAACAAAUGUGAGAGUGUCAUGUAUCUGUGGCUCUAGGAGAAGACAUCACCUGUAUGACUGUAAAAAAUACAAAACCUCUCUGUUGUUGUCCAUUGUAGUCGGCCAGCCUUUAUGGGAAACCAUGUAUCAGGCAAAGAAUAACACAAAGUUUAACACCUCUUUAGUUAGAAACCAUUUGAUGUAUUGUACAAUGAGAGAAAUAAUAAAUUAUUGUUUUAUAUUUGA